AUGUGGAAAUCUGAAGAUGAGUCUAAUGAAGAUAAGAGUGUUUGUUUGUUUCAUAAUAAUGAAUUUAAACUUCGAAUAAACGAUUAUUAUUUUUAUAGCGAUUGGAACAGAGAACCAAACCAAUAUUAGACCACGAUGGCGUAGAAGGUAGAAACUCGAAAGUCAUCGAAGAUACAGCCGAAAAACCGGGAACAGAAGUUAUUAAUAAUUUGAUGGACACUAAUGAUAUUAUAAAGUAAAAUUCUGCAAUUUACCAUUUAUCGUUUAAAAGUUUUGUAUUACUAUUUUAACGUAAUAUUCUACUGUAUUGUUUUGAUAUUUUCUAAACCAGAACCAUUAGGAAUCAUCCAACCUAUUGAUGUACCAGAUAAUUUAGCAUUGCUCGACGAAACAUUAAGCAAUAUGAGAGAAAGAUUAAUAAACCACCAAGUGAGAUAUUAAUUUUACACGUGUACGUUUAGUUUUGAAUAUCUAAAUUUUAAAUGUUUAUUUUGUGUGUUAAGGACCAAAUAGAUGUGAACAGUGAUUUAUCAGUACGUUUCGAUUGUCUUUUACAUACCUUGGAAACCAUAGUUAAUCUCACUAAACAGGUUCCAGAAUUAAAUGUAAACUCCCAAGAAACACUGAAAAAACCUAUGGAUAAUAUAGCUCGUAUAAUGAACGGAUUGAAAAAGACUCUUUAUAAACAAUAA